GGCGUGGGGCGUAAGACUGAGGAGAACGGGAGAUUCUGUGGAACGUGCGGCUGAAUGUCAAGGAAAAAGAGCUUUAGUGCAGGGCUUGACGCCUCGGCGCCUCGAGACCGAAACCACCCGGAGGUUCUCCGCACUUUGAGGAGUUCAGUUAAGAAGAUGUCAGCUUUUACUCCAAGAAAAAGGAAGCAGCAUUCUUCGAACAACCUAUUAUCAGACAUUCCAUCAAAGACAUUAAUUUUGGACUUUGCUGAAAACAUAUUUCCAUCACCUGAUCAAAAUUACAUUUGCCAGAGCAGUGAUAAAAAUGAAGAAAAGAUACUUUGCUCUCAACAAGGCCAUUUCCUUUCAAGUCCACUCAAAACAACUAAAAAAAACAGAUUUCCAUCUGCAAAUCAAGGUUCACCAUUUAAAUCUGCCAUGUCUACUGUAUCCUUUUACAGCAAAGAUAAGUGGUACCUCAACCCAUUAGAGAGAAAGCUGAUAAAAGAGAGUAGAUCCGUUUGUCUAAAAACUAAUAAUGAAGAGAAAUCUUUUCCCAUUGUGACAGAAAAAAUGCAGGAAAAACCAGUCUGCUCCAAGAGGUUGAAUAAAAAACCACAAAAGAGUUUAACUUCUAAAUAUCAACCAAAAUAUAAAUGCGUCAAACCUCUAUCAAAGAAUCCUAAAAAUUCCAAGCAAAAUCGAGUGGCCUAUAAGCCAACUGUAGAGAAAGAGAAUAAUUAUUAUUCAGCUCAAAAUAAUCUGAAUGCUCCUCGGGUUCUAAGCCAAAAAGUCAAACCACAAGUUACACUCCAGGGAGGAGCGGCCUUUUUUGUUAGUAGAAAAAAGCCCUGUCUUAGAAAAUUGUCUCUGGAAAACAAGCCAUUACUGGGAAUCACACAAAAGAAUAUAUCAGAAGCGAUCGAAGAUGCUGACCUAGAGCCUGUCAGUAAAAGAAAAAAUUUUAAGACAAGACAAGCACCAAAGUGCUUGUUACUAGAAAAAGAACCGAACCUCGAGCUGCUUCAUGCAAGAAGUAAAAAGGAAGAGAAAUUAAUAAAGGAUUCAUUAGGUGGAGUAGUUUCUUUAAGAGAAUGUAUGCCUAAUGAAAACAAGUGUUUUCCUUCAGAGGAUUCUCUCAGUGAUAACAAGGCGGUUUCUCCUGAGUCCAUUGUCUAUCCCAUCUUCAGUGUGUCUUCAGUCCAUACAAAAAGAUCUUUAGUUGAAGAACAGUCUUCUGUGGGAUCCGUCGUAUCUGCUAACUUCUUGAAACAGAUCAAUACCCAGAAAAGUACUAGUACCAGAGAUACAAAUAAAGAAACAAAAGAGCAGCUCAUCAUUGACGCAGGUCAGAAGCACUUUGGAGCCACCAUGUGUAAGUCCUGCGGCAUGAUCUACACUGCUUCCAGCCCUGAAGACCAACUGCAGCAUGUUCAGCAUCACUACAGAUUUCUGGAGGGCAUCAAAUACACAGGCUGGAAAAAAGAACGUGUAGUAGCAGAGUUUUGGGAUGGGAAAAUUGUGUUGGUCCUGCCACAUGAUCCAAGUUAUGCUAUCAGAAAGGUAGAAGAUGUCCAAGAACUUGUCGAUAAUGAAUUGGGCUUCCACCGAGUUGUUCCCAGAUGUCCAAACAAAACCAAGACUUUUCUCUUCAUAUCUGAUGAAAAGAGAGUAGUUGGGUGUUUAAUUGCAGAGCCCAUCAAACAGGCCUUCCGUGUCCUUUCUGAACCAACUGGUCCAGAAUCCCCAAGCUCUAAAGAAUGUCACCGGGCUUGGCAGUGUUCCAAUGUACCAGAACCUGCAGUCUGCGGAAUAAGCAGAAUCUGGGUCUUCAGAUUGAAACGAAGAAAACGCAUUGCACGACGAUUGGUAGAUACUCUGAGGAAUUGUUUCAUGUUUGGCUGUUUUCUCAAGAUCGACGAAAUAGCGUUUUCUGACCCAACACCAGAUGGCAAGUUAUUUGCAACCAAAUACUGCAACACCCCUAAUUUCCUUGUAUACAAUUUUAAUAGCUGAAGCCAGUGUCUACUUUAAAACAGUUACUGUGUGGAUGAGUUCAGACAGCCCCAUAUCAUAUAAUAUUUAGUAAAUAUCAAAUAUAUAAGACACACAUAUACACAUAAACCUGUAUCAGUUUUAUUCCUUAUGAAUUGAAAAGUGAGGGAUAAAUUUGUUGAAAAUUAUCUGGAGAUUCAAAAAAGAUUUUUUUUUUUUUUGGAUAAUAUAUACUGACGAGCACUGGAAUCCUUAAUUAUGAAACUUUGUCGCUAUAACUGGAAAAUGACAUGCCUCCUACCUAAAAGCAUUGACAAAGCAAGGUGGUUUCACAGAUCUGUGGCCACUUACUCUUAUAAAUCACACUUUUGCACCAGGAUUAUCUCAUGCCCGAUCAGAAGCAAAUAGCAAGAUUUAAAGACGGGCAAAUAAUUUCCAUGCCCAGUCUCUAAAGGUAAUUCCUGAUUCUGUACACAAAAUUCUCAUUUUAUUGGUAUUGGCUGUAGCAACUCAGUUUGAACAGAUUUAGAAAGUAUUUUGAGUUGUUAAUUUGUAAGAGGGCUUUCCAAUCUUUAUGGUAAAGAAUGAGUAAGAUUUUCAUAUCCUUUUAUGUAGAACAGAAUUCUGCAGCUUAAGAUUUUAAUCCUUUCAAAAAUCAUCUUAAGCAAAAUGUACCUGUCAUCGGAUCCGAUUACAAUUAAAUGUAGUAAUUGCACUAUUGUCAUUUCGGGACUUUCGGGAGUGUGAAAAUGCUAAUUGUGCUGCUUGAGUGCGCUUGUUGCUGGAUAUUGACGGCAUUAACAGAAUGGACCCUCAGCUGGAUUAGAUGAUUCAUAUGGUUACAUUUUUUAAACCUUUGCAUGUUUAAAAUACAUCUGACUUGUUCUGAGGAGUCUGGCUACGUGCUGACGAAGCAAAUAGUAAUGUAUAACUGAGGUCAGUAAAGCAGUGUAUCUAGGCUGAUGGGCCGGAGAAUGUGAUGACUUUAUGUAAACACACCUCCGUACGCACACAUUUUCCUAGUAUAAUUCUUGGAUACUUACUUUGAAGAGCAAAGAAUGUUGUUUUGAUUCUAAAAUUCCGGUAACUGCUUAUCUGGCGGUAGGACUCUAGGGAAGUAAUUUUCUGGGUUGUAACUCUGUAGAAUCAGUUCGUCUGCAUUCUUUUGCCUGUAAGUUAACAGGUUCCCCAAAUUUAAAAGCCUGGAUUCCAAAAAGAAUGUGGAAGUGUUAAAAUGUGUGUUAUAUGCAAACAUUUUAAUGCUGUUUUCUGCACUGCUGUUUUGUUUUAAAUAUUUUAUUUAAAAAUCUUUAUUAACAUUAUUUUGCUUGCUCCAUGCUUUGUGGUGAAUCAAUUAAAAUUCCUUUCAAUGUUCUCUGUCUGUUUUCUUAUACAACCAAAUGUAUUGAUUUUCUUUCUAAAUUAUUUUUGUGAUUAUAGAAACAGUACAUAUUCAUUGAUUGUAAAAACUGAUCGUUGAAAACAUAUCCACACAAAAACCUGCUCACUGGACGUUUAUAGCAGCUUUAUUCAUAAUUACUAAAACUCGGAAGCAGCCAAGAUGUCCUUCAGUAGAUGAAUGUACAUCCAGACAAUGGAAUAGUCAGUGCUAAAAAGAAAUAAACUAUCAAGCCCCAAAAAGGCACAGAGAAACCUUAAUGAAAGAAACCAAUGUGAAAAGGUUUCAUAUUGUAUGAUUCCAAUUGUAUGAUAUUCUGGAAAGGCAAAACUAUGAAGACAGUAAAAAGGUCAGGUGUUUGGGGAAGGGAAGGAUGAAUUGGUGGAACACAGGAUUUUUAGGGCAGAAACUAGUCUACGUGACACUAUGAGGGUGGAUACAUCUCAAACGUUUGUCCAGACCCACAGAAUGUACAACACCAAGAGUAACCCCUCAUUUGUCAGUGUAAGUUCAUCAGCUGUAACAAAUGUCUCACUCUGAUAGGGGAUGUUGAUGGUGGGGGAGGCUGUGCAUGUGAGGGGGGAAGGAAGUAUAUGGAAAUCUGCUUCCUCCUAAUUUUGCUUUGAACUUAAAAUUGCUAUAAAAUAAUGAAAUCUUCCAAAAACAAAGUAUAGUCGGGAAAAUUAUUAUAGCCAAGGAGACAUGACAGCUAAAUAUUAUGUGGGAUCCUGGAACAAAACAGGACAUUAGGUGAAAACCAAAUAAAUCUAAAUUAAGUAUAUUUUGUUAAUGUAUCAAUAUUGGUUCGUUGGUUUGUUAAUUGUGACAAAUAUACUAACAUAAAAUGUUGACAUUAGGGGAAGCUAGGUGUGGGGUAUAUGGGAAUUCUCUUUGCAAUUCUUCUGUUAAUCUAAAACUUCUUUAAAGUUUAUUUUUAAAAAUGUACACCUCAGUUAUCAAACACCUUCAUAAUUACUACCCAGUUUAAAAAAAUAAAACACUGCCAGAAGUC